UGUAAAUCUAUAGUGUAAUAAGUGUUUAUUCGAUGUUGAUGAAACGACUAAUUCGCAACCGAAUAAGGUUGUCAAUCAUAACGGAGAUUGCGAAAGAUUUUGGAAGUAAUCACUGUCGAGGUUUACCGUUUGCAGGCAAUUUCUGGAAAAGAGAUUUAAUGUGCGAGGGCGUAUGGAAAUUCGCACAUAACAAUGGUUUCCGUACGAGUUAUGGCAUGUUUUGGAAUUGUUCUCAUAACUCUUGUCCACUGGUCAACAUGCUACCCAACGGUUGAUAAGGAAAGUCUUCAAAAUGAAAUUGACACUUACGACGAUAACGGACCUGAGAAUGCAGCCUUACUAUACAAACUUUUGAGACGACUUGGAACACAAUUGGCCGUUGGUGAAUUGCAAAGAAAACGCAGUUACUGGAAGCAGUGCGCCUUUAAUGCAGUUUCAUGCUAUGGCAAGUAGGCUAAAACAGAGUGAGAGACAAUAAAUACAAAAAAAAAAAAAUCCGUCUUUCUCUCAUUCCCUCUUUUGUCGUCCAGUCUAUAAACUAUAAAUCGAUGUACUUCCAAAAAAAAAAAUUCUUAUUUAAUCCAAAACAUACUAUUUCAUUAAUUUUCGAAAUUGUACAUGUGAAAAAUGUUUCUAGAAAAAAAAAUAUAUAUAUUAUCGAUGAAAGCCGCCCAAAUGAGAACCCGAUAAAAUCAGAUCCCAAAAAUUAAAAAUAGAAUUUUUUUUUACUCUUUUUCCUUCUCAUUGAUACCAGAGAAAAAAAUUUUCAUUCAGAAUUUUGAAACUGAAAAAUUCGAUUAUCGAAUUAAAACAACUUUUAAAUAAAAAAAAAAUUAAAUUAUCGAAAUGAAAAAAAAUAUGAAUGGGGAAAAUUGAAAAGAAAAAAAAACUGUUUUAACGAAAUAAAAGUAAUUUUAUCUGAUUCUCAUUUUUCUGCUUAUUUGAUGGAUGCAGAAUGUCAAAAAAAAAAAAAAAAAGAAACGAAA